AUGUCAUCUCCAGCCAACGUUAAGGACGAGCCGGUGGAGGAGGCCGGCAUCUCCAAUGAAACGGCGCCGCCAGCACCGGAAGCUGAUGCCAACAUGGCUGAUGCUGAAGACACCAAGAAGGAUGUCAAGCAGCUCGAGGACUUGUUUGACGAUGUGGAUUCGGAUGAUGAGUUCCCUAGCUCUGCACCCCCGCAGGAGAGCUCUCAGGUUGCUUCAGGGCCAGCUGAUGUCAUGUCCAUGAGGGCUUCAGACCCAGAAGUCAUGCGCAGUUUCUACCAGCGACUAUUCCCCUGGCGAUACCUUUUCCAGUGGCUCAACCACAGCCCGACACCUACCAACGACUUUGGCAACCGAGAAUUCGCCUUUACCCUUUCGAACGAUGCCUACCUUCGAUACCAAUCUUUCCCUACAGCCGACAUGCUUCGCAAGGACGUCCUACGGUUGAUGCCCUCUCGUUUCGAAAUCGGCCCCGUCUACACCACCAACCCCCGCGACCGCAAGACUCUCGUCAAGUCUUCCGGUUUCAAACCCCUUGCCAAGGAACUCUGCUUCGAUAUCGAUUUGACAGACUAUGACGAUGUGCGAACGUGCUGCGACAAGGCCAACAUCUGCAACAAGUGCUGGCAGUUCAUGACCAUGGCGAUCAAGGUCCUCGACGCCGCGCUACGGGAGGACUUUGGCUUCAAGCAUAUCAUGUGGGUGUACUCGGGUCGAAGAGGUGCUCACGCCUGGGUGUGCGACAAGAAGGUUCGGAGCAUGGAUGAUCAGAAGAGGAGGGCGAUUGCUGGUUAUCUCGAGGUAGUCAAGGGAGGUGCUCAGAGUGGAAAGAAGGUUAAUGUGAGGAGGCCGCUGCACCCUCACUUGGCACGAAGUUUGGAGAUUCUCAAGACUCACUUCCAAGAGGAUGUCCUCGAUGUGCAAGACCCUUGGGCUUCCACUGAACAGGCCGAGAAGUUGCUACAACUCCUUCCCAACCAGAAUCUCAACGAGUCUCUCCGAAGGAAGUGGGACGCUGCCCCUGGCCGUGCCUCGGCGUCAAAAUGGGCCGACAUUGAUGCCGUGGCCAAGUCGGGCGCCAGCAAGAACCUCGACGCCAGGCAACUCCUGGAAGCCAAGCAGGACAUUGUCCUGGAGUACACCUAUCCUCGACUGGAUAUUGAAGUCAGCAAGAAACUCAACCAUUUGCUCAAGAGUCCCUUUGUCGUUCACCCCGGCACCGGUCGCGUUUGUGUGCCCAUCAACACCAAGAACCUCGAGGACUUUGAUCCCCUAGGCGUACCUACGGUUCAAGGCCUUCUGGCAGAGAUUGAUGCUUGGAAGGGUGAUGAGGAUGAGGAGGCCAACAAAAGCACGGCGGAUUGGGAAAAGACAAGCUUGAAGCCGUAUAUCGAGCAGUUUAGACACUUUGUCAAUGGGCUAAUGAAGGAUGAGAAGGAUGUCAAGGUGAAGCGGGAGCGCGAGGAUACCAGUAUGGAGUUUUGA